UUGUCGUAAACGUAGACAGGAAAAAGGCUCCUUUUAUAAAGCAGACUAUCGCCACGGUUGCCUCAUGCGUCAGACUGAGCUCAACACCGAGCCACCGUCCAUAUAAGAGUAAAUAGUUACCGCUAUAGCCACCCCGACACUAAAGAUACCCAUGCCUCGAGCGAGACUAUGACUUCCAUCCAGCGACGAUCGAUCCCAACUCUCGGACCACUGCACCCGCCCAACGUCGAGAAACACGCCGUCAAACCGUCCAUCGCACGGCAUGUUCAGAUCCGCGUCUCGGAUCCCCUCGACCACAGUGUGCAGGCCAUCUUGCACGAACCACAUAGCUAUAACGCCAUGCAGGCCAGCUAUGAUUUAUCUACAUUUCUUUUUAAACUGACUGGUCUACGAGGAAUCUAUACUUCCCUUGCCGAUAAGCUGGCCGUCCUCCUCUCCAUCCCAUGCAUUCGACUCGACUACCGCCAACCAGGAACAACGCAGUGCUGUAUUUUCGACAUCCUGGGGGCCUUCACCUAUCUCUCACGACAUUUCAGCUCCUCGCGUUUCGUGCUGGUGGGAUGGUCGUUUGGCGGAGCCCCCUGCUUCACCGUUGCGUCAAGGGAACCGCAACGUGUUCGGGGUGUGGCGACCAUCGCCUCCCAGACGGCAGGGACGGUCGGGAUCACGAAGCUGGCGCCCCGGCCGGUGCUGUUACUACACGGGACGGGGGAUAGAGUGCUUUCGUAUCUGUGUGCAAAGUCGUUGUAUCACGAGUACGGCACCGAGGGCCAGCGCGAGAUGGAAUUGUACGAAGGCGACGACCAUGGGUUGACCAUGAACGCGCCCGAGGCCGAACAGAGGAUCUUCAAGUUUGUCGCGCGGUGUCUCGAGCUCGAGAGUCUCUUGGAUCGUGAGGUCAGCGACAAGGCACGGCAGGAUCUGGUGGAGAGUCGCGAGGAGAGGAUCAGAGAGAUGGAGAUGGGCAGGGAUCUAGAGGGAGGAGAAAAGAUUUGAUUUG